AUGUGUCAGCCAUUCAAGUGCAUGUGCUUCUUGCCCGGCUCCUUCAACCAGCCGACCAUUUACUGUACCUACCAAACGAAGGGCAUCCGCGCCAUCGUCGAGCACCAGCAGCAGGCGCACGGCAUCGCCAACUACAGAGCCAUCGGUGUGCCAGAGCUGCCGGACCUGAGCCAGUACAACCACUGCUGCGUCGAAGUUGAAGCCCACCGGCGUCCUUUCCGGGACCUCGGAGACGCCGCGCAGGGGAAACGUUCGGUGGCCGGCAUCCUCUCAAAGCCGUCCACGGAACCCCAGACGAAGCUACGCAAGCUCUUGCCGGCAUCAUUCCUGCUCCCUGUGGGUGUCUCUAGGACUUCCGACCCCACCAACGCCGGUUCUGUCCCAUCGCAACGCAAGCACUCGGUAUACCAGCCCGCCUCCGAACCUUCCACGUUCGCCCCCGCCUCUCUCAAAGUCGGCAGGAAUCCUCCACCCCCUCCGCCUCAGGUCCUGGUCUCUUCUCCCGUCCCUCCGCCACCUCCACCGCCUAGCCCAGAUAUCUGUCCUCCUCUCACUCGGCCUCUCCCGCCACAGGCAACGGCGGUCGUACAGAUGCCCCCUCCGCCGCCGAUCUACUUCCUGCGCAACCUCUUCUGCAAGGAGCACGACGACCCCGAAGAAUCGGGCGCUGUCGGGCAGGGAAGCAAGCCCCGCUUGCCCUCCUUCGCCGAGGGGUUCUCGUUUGCCUCUGUUUACCUCGACGACCGGUCCGAGUACUAG